AUGACCUCACGAGCGCGCUCCCGCCUCGACCAGGUCUCUCGGCACGUAGAUAGCAAAUCCUUCCUCGCAGUCAACACACCCUUCUCCACAGAACGCAGUGCUCGAAUUGUAGACGACCAAGGAAACGUUAUAAAACAAAAAUCUCAGCCCCAGCCACAAGAAAAGGGCCCGAAGAAGAUUGAACCUGAGGUACCAGAACCACCAAGGAAGAAGAUGUCGAACCAGCCACCACACGCCACGCUGCUCAUUCCCGGGCCUAUUGAGUUUGACGAUGCGGUACUACAGAGCAUGAGCCACUACAGUGAAUCACAUGUCAGCGCACCCUUCGUGAACACCUUCAGCGAAGUCCUCCAGAAUCUGCGCAAGCUAUUCCAGACCACGGACGCCGCCUCACAGCCUUUUAUCCUCUCUGGAUCUGGCACACUUGGAUGGGACCAGGUUGCUGCGAACCUGGUUGAGCCCGGCGACGAGGUGCUCGUCCUGCACACUGGAUACUUCGCCGACUCGUUCGCCGACUGCUUCGAGACAUAUGGUGUCAAGGCGACACAGAUCAAGGCGCCCAUUGGCGACCGACCGCAGCUCGAUGAAGUCGAGAAGGCACUAAAGGAGAAGGAAUACAAGAUGCUGACUGUCACUCAUGUGGACACCUCAACCGGUGUGCUGAGCGAGUUGAAGGCACUGAGCGACCUCGUGUACAGGGUCAGCCCGGAUACAUUGCUCGUCGUCGAUGGUGUUUGCAGUGUAGGCUGCGAGGAGAUCCGGUUCGACGACUGGAAACUUGAUGUCGUCAUCACAGCAUCACAGAAGGCCAUUGGCUGCCCUGCCGGUUUGAGUAUUGUCAUGGCCUCUGGCCGCGCCAUGGAGAGGUUCAAGGCGAGGAAGACAAGGCCAACUUCUUACUUUGGAUCAUGGAAGAACUGGCUACCAAUCAUGCAAAACUAUGAAGCGAAGAAACCAUCUUACUUUGCGACCCCCGCCCCACAACUUAUCCACGCCCUCGACACCUCUCUCAAGCAAAUCCUCUCACGACCCCUUGAGCAGCGCUUCGCCGAUCACAAAGCCGCAUCGCAGAAGAUCAAGAAGGCAGUUGGCGACUUGGGUCUCAAGCAGCUCGCUGCUAAGCCUGAAAACCAGGCCAACGGCAUGACCGCCAUCUACCUGCCCGACGGUUUCACGCCUCCGGAUGUUCUUCCAAAUCUGCUGAAGAAGGGCGUCAUCUUCGCUGGUGGUUUGCACAAGGAGAUCGCAACAAAAUACAUUCGUUUCGGACACAUGGGUGUAAGUGUUACGGAUCCUGAGAGGUCGGACAUCACAAAGGCGAUUGAGAGUUUGAAAGAGAGCUUAACCGAGGCUGGAUACAAGGCUUGA